AUGGAAGUUGCAAUGAGUUUGAGAUUCCUUAUACUGAUGGCGGUUAUCUUGUGUGUGGCCAUGGCACAGGUGGCAACAACAGAGAAGCCCAAGGGAUCCACCACCACGGGGAAGCCAAUGAAGGCCACAGAUCGUCGCGACAAGCGUCAAUUGGGCAACACUGCCGCCAGCAGUGGCAGCAACUUUCCCAUUUUCUACGACGGCGUCGGUGUGAAUCCUCCGCUGCAGCAGCUGCCCCCGCUCCAGCCAUUGCCACUGCCACUGCCACUGCCACCGCUGCAGCAGUUGCAACCGGGCCAGGGCCAGGGCCAGGGCCAGGGCCAGACACAGUCGAGCUGGCUGCCCAAUUUCGGACAAAACUUUGGCCAGAAUCUGCCCAUCAUUGGCACGCUGGUCGGUGGGCUGCCGAAUCUCAUCAGCAGCCUGGGUCUGGGCAACCUCAACGGCGGCUUCGGCAAUCUGGGCGGCCUCAAUCUCGGCCAACUUGGCCUGGGCGGCCUGACCCCAGUGGUAGCGGCACCUGUGCCCGUGCCCGUGCCCAUCACACCCAAUCAGCAGUGUCCGCUCACCCAGAAGCUCAGCUGUCGCUGCGAGCCGCUCCUCCAGCUGCCCGGCCAGAAGCUCAGCUCUCAGCUGCGCGGACCACAAGCCCAGUCCCAGUCGCAGUCGCAGUCGCAGCUGGUGCAGAUCCUCAGGCAGAAUGUGCGCCGCAAUGAGGACGGAUCGCAGGAGCUGCGCGUUGUCCUGAGCAGCGGACAUGUGCUCUAUCAGCGGACGGCAAAGGACCUCGGCCAGAGCGGCCACUUUGCCAUGAGGCUGCCGUCGGGGCGUUUCUUCAACAUUUUCUACAGUGUCAACGAGAAGGAGUACACGGUGCGAGCAGACGUCAAGGAUGCGCCACCCAGCUCCGACCUUGAUGAGGAGCUCACCGGACAGAUCUAA